AUGGCCAUGGAUACCGUUCGUCGAAGGAGACAUUCAGGUUCGGGUGCCGCCAUUGCUGCGCCACGUCCCGUAGUGCGGACGGCCGGCCCAACUGUCAAUAGUCGUCUCGCUCCCCCACGUCCAAAGUCUACGCCAGCCCACCACAGACCCCAUCAACGAAGGCGGCAAAAAGGCCCCGGCGACAGCGACGACGAAGGGGCUGCCAACAACGCUGAUAGCGACGGGGACGAAAACAUGGCUAAUACGAAUGAAGACCCAGAAACUAAGGAAUUUGAUCGAUUAUCUCAAGCUGGGUCCGAUGCUGAUUCCUGGGACGACGCCUCUUCUUCUGCAUCCACCACGUCCUCACUACCACGAAAAAUUUCCGUCGUGAAAAAGGACGAAGAAAUCCAAGAAUCGCCAAUAGGAGGACCUAGCCAGAGACCGACAAAACCGCUUCCUGCCUCGAAAGUCAGAAACUUGGACAACAAAAUGCCACCGAACGUCGUUCCCCCCAUUGUCCAUCCGGCAAACCCUUCGAUGUUGCCGGUACAAGCGCACGUUCCUCGCAAUUCAGUCGUUUCGCCGCAGCGCCGUCUUUUUGUGAUUCUGGAGCAAGCCUGCUUGGAGGCUUAUCGAGUAUCUUCCGGGGGCGGCAAGGGCCGGUACUCGAAAGGUGGUGAAGAACAGGUGAAAUACACCCUCCUCAAUUGUGAUGAUCACCAGGGCAUUCUGGCAAAAACGGGGCGAGAUAUCGCAGAUGCUAGACCAGAUAUAACGCACCAGUGCCUUCUUACCCUUCUCGAUUCACCGCUCAACAAAGCAGGACUUCUGCAAGUUUACAUACACACGGCGAAGGGCGUCCUCAUUGAAGUUAACCCACAUGUGCGCAUUCCACGGACGUUCAAACGGUUUAGUGGACUUAUGGUCCAAUUGCUAGACAAGCUAUCCAUUCGUGGAGUCAACGGGCCCGAGAAACUCCUCAAAGUAAUCAGAAACCCAAUCUCCGAUCAUCUUCCCGCCAAUACAUUCAAAAUCACAUUGUCGGGCGACGCUCCGACUGUGCGCUUGUCCAACUACCUAUCAUCGGUACCACAAACACACUCGAUCGCUGUCUUCGUCGGUGCAAUGGCGAGAGGCAAGGAUGAUUUUGCUGACGCCUAUGUCGACGAGAAAAUCAGCAUCAGCGAGUACUCGCUAAGUGCUAGUGUAGCUUGUGGCAAGUUCUGUUGCGCCUUGGAAGAACUCUGGGACAUUGUGUAA